AAGUUAGAGAGAGAAAGGGAGAGAGGGAGAGAGAGAGAGAGAGAGGGAAUCAAGAGGAGAGAAGAAUAUAACGCAGAGGCCAAUCUGACAGAAGUGUAUGCAUGGAAGAGGGGAGUGCUGCAAAGCAGCCAUUGGAGCUUGACUGGAACAAGCUUUUCUACGAAGGAGACGACGACGGGCCGCCACCAUCUGUGGUGAUCGUCAACUCCAAAGCCCUCGCCGGCGAGAACUGGAAGGAGCCGGCGAUGGCCGCCGCCGAUUCCGCCGAUCGCCGUCCUGCGGACAAGCACGAGACGUACGAGCAGAUGGCCGAUCAUGUGCUCCUCGAGAGGAUUAACAGCACCAGACAAAGCAUCCCUAAUUUAAUCCGCACAUUGCCCGACAAAGGCGCAAAGCUUCGAGAAUCUCUCAAGUGUAUGGAGGACGAGAGGGACCGGAGGAAGCUCCGACGGGUUGAGACAAUUCACUUGGAGGAAGGUGAUGGAUUUGAGAAACCCACACAAUCUAUUAGCUCCAGUAUUGUGGGUGGCUCUAAAGACUUCAGAAGAGAGAAUAUGGCAUCUCAAGACCAGAGACAGUCAUCUUUCGGUACAUCUUUUUGCAAGAAGAUAGACGGAAACACAGACUGUGGCGCAGUCCAAGCAUUUGGUAAAGAGAUGUCAAUGUUGGGUCCAUGUAAGCAUCAGAAAAUGAAAAAUGGUAAGGAAGUCUCACAAAAGCGAAGGCAUAGAGACCCAUCAUUAAGACGCUCUCCCUCGAAACACCAAAGGAAUAAACAUAAAUCAAAUGGCAAUGAAAAGGACAGAGCUUCUUCCAUUUAUUGUCAAGACAUUAGAGAAAAGUUUUCCAAUUUCUAUCUGAAGAUGAACGAGGCAUUUCCAGUCUCAGAUUCUAAUGCGUCAAGGCCUAGGAAGGAAGAGACCAUUGUUCUUGUAGAUGAGGAGGAGCCUCAGCUUAUAGGCACAACACAGGAGGAGGAGCCUCAGCUUAUAGACACAACACGAGAGGAGCCUCAGCUUAUAGGCACAACGCAUGGGGAGCCUCAGCUUAUAGACACAACACCAGAGGAGCCUCAGCUUAUAGACACAACACCAGAGGAGCCUCAGCUUAUUGACACAACAAAGGAGGAGUCUCAGCUUAUAGAGAGAGAACAAAAAGCGGAGAAACCUGAUGAAUCAAUGAAAGAUGUGAAGAUCUACUACCCUUCAAGGGAUGAUCCGGAAUCUGUUGAAAUUUCUUACGUGGACUUUGAUUGCCUCGCCCCUGAAGCCUACUUGACAUCAACUAUCAUGAACUUUUAUAUGCGGUAUCUACAACAACAUGCUUCUCCAACAAACAGGGUGAUGCGUGAUUGCCAUUUUUUUAAUACGUACUUUUACAAUAAGCUCCAAGGGGCUGUAUCAGAUAAGGGAAGCGGCAACAAUGGAUUUUUUGUCAAGUUCAGAAGGUGGUGGAAGGGUGUAAAUAUAUUUCAGAAGGAAUACAUACUUAUUCCAAUAAAUGAAAGUCUUCAUUGGAGCCUGGUGAUUAUCUGCAACCCAGAAAAGGAAGAACGAUCAGGACCCAUUGUACUUCAUUUAGAUUCAUUAGGACUUCACUGUAGCAGAACAGUUUUUCAAAACAUUAAAAGCUUCUUGAAAGAAGAAUGGAAAUAUUUGGCCCGGGAAGUUUCUCCUUCAGAUCUUCCUUUUGCAGAAAAUAUAUGGAAUCAUCUCCCUCGAAGGAUCACAGAAAAACCUAUCGCGGUACCCCAACAGAAGAACGAAUAUGAUUGUGGUCUUUUUGUGCUUUUCUUCAUGGAACGUUUCAUAGAAGAUGCUCCUGAAAGACUCAAGAAGAAAAAUUUAGAAAUGUUCGGCAAGCGGUGGUUUAAACCUGAAGAGGCCUCCGGCUUGAGAGGGAAAAUUCACAAGUUGCUCAUGGAAGAAUUCAAAAAUGCACAAAAGAGUAGUUGUACAUUGGACUCUUCACCUUCUUCUUCUAGUGAUGUCUUAGAAGGAUGAAUCAAAAACCCAAGUUCAACAAAGGGGUUAAAUUUGCUUCAAGUGGUGCUUUAGAAGAAUGAAUCGAGGCCAACCCGAAGGUCGGAUUUGGUGCACGUUGCUACUAAUUUCUCCAAUGCAGUCUUUGUAUAGAUCACAUGAUUGGUACAUCAUACAGAUAACAUUGCUUACAACCUACUUUCGUCUCAAUCUGUAAAUGGUCAAUCAUCUUUGUAAAUGAUGACAGUUUUUGGUGACUUAGGAGCUCCUCUAACUGAAGACUAAAGUUGAGGAGCUAUAGUUCUGAGAGGUGGCGGUGGUGAUGGUGGUUCUUUAAGCAUAGACGUCCACCAUCUACCCCCUCUAAGCUGACAAGUUGUAUCCAUGGCUUUUAAAGUAACAUCCACUAACUUGGAAUUUUAAGGAUUUGUAUGAGCUACAAUUUUUGAGGAUUUGAUGAGCAGGAAUGGACAAUAUAGGCUAAGCCUCAAAGGAGCAAAAAGAGUUGUAUAAAAUUUAUGGUAGAACUAUAAUAUUGUUCACAUUUUUCUUAGAAUUUAUAU